AUGCACAAGGAAGAGUUGGCCCAAUAUCAGCGGGCCUUCCAUUACUUCGACGCAAACUCCGACGGCGUAAUCGAUGCCGAGGAGCUGCGCGCAUCGCUGGCCACGCUGGGCCACCCCGCUGGUGAGGCAGAGCUGGCGGCCAUCUUGGCCGUUAUGGACAAGGAUGGCAGCGGCGACAUCGACUUCAGCGACGCCGGCUAUUGCGCCCGGAAUUCGCAGCCCGACAAGAGCGGCGAGGUGGACAUCCAGCGGCUGCAGCGCACGCUGGCCGAGUUCGAGCUGCAGGCCUGGGCGGCUGCUGAUGACUGGCCUGCUGAAGCUGGAGAACUGUUGCUGGGGAUGCUGGUGCAGGUGGACCUGGGGUGUCUGCUGGAGGAGAUGGACAGGGAUGCAGAUGGCACCGUGACGUAUGAGGAAUUCAAGGCGCUGCUGGCAGCGGCAUGA